AUGGAAGAAAUGAUUUCAACCAACCGUGAAGCUCCAGGAACACCUGAUACCGAGGUCUUGGAUGAUCUUCAAGUACCGCCACCGAGCAAGUGUGGACGGGCUACUAUCGCUUCAACCGCCUUUGAAAGUCCCGUCGAUGACGCUUAUGUCUUUCAUCGUCCUCUAGCAGAUAUGAACUUUGAAACUUUGCGGAUGUCGGACGACGACUAUGGGACCAAACUUGAUGCUUCAGGCAAAGCUGUUCAAGGCCUAGAAUGGGUGCACUCGAAAGGUAUCAUGCACAGAGAUGUAACACCAACCAAUAUCUUCGUAUCAUUUCGACCGGAGCCUAUCACCACAAUCACAGAUUUUGCACAUGCCAUAUUGGCAGACCAAUCAACAGAUCACUUCAAGGGUACCGUGCACUAUCUCGCUUCCGAAAUACGCGCACUCAAAGACGGACAAAAGACUGCACCCUAUGAUAAGCGAGCUGAUAUCUGGUGUCUUGCAUAUACUCUCUUCGACUUGCAUCAGCGCGCGAAGGGAUAUAAAGAAGAUUCUGACCUGUCGCUUACACUCUUCCACGAGUUGGCUCUGAAGAAUCUGAGACAACGCCGACUGCCAAUUGAUGGACCUAUCGACGAUAUGUUCGCUUGGGAAGCAACGGAUCGUGUUGCCUCAAGUGAAAUCCGUGGCGUGGAAAGGAUGGCCAGAAACUGGUGCCAGACAACAACAAAAUACCUCCAUAGGCUCGAAGCGGCGCCGGCCUUCCACAACAGCCUAGAAGUCUCUGUGAAUGGCACUAAGCUGUAUCUAUCUACGAGUCUCUUAUCGUCAGAGAAUACCGGACAGAAUUGA